AUGACCGAGAGAGUCCGACGAAAUGGGCAGCUGUCUGCGUGUGAGCCAUGUCGCAAGUCCAAACUCCGUUGCGAUCAUCACCGUCCGGUAUGUGGUAGAUGUGCUCGGCGACGUUUGACGGAGCAACAAUGCCUAUACCAUCCAGCUCCGAUGGCGAAACCACCCACUCCGCAAUCUUUGCGAGAAACGAUCCAUGUCCAGGAGACUUCGGUCUCGACCAGGCCGAGUCCAGGUCCUUACGAACUGGUCAAUGUGAACAGCAACUUGAUGUGUUUUGUAGACCCAAACGUCUCUCGUCCGAAUAGAUCUUGCACUUCCUUGACCAGGACCGGUGUAGCUCUCGGCGAGCCGACUCUGCCUGACCAAGACAGGAUCUGUCAAGGGGCAAAGACCUUGUCGGCGAUCAUACAACUGAGCUCCGAGAUAGGCGAAACACUGGAUUCGUUCUUCGCUUCUGAUCAGGACCUAUGCCUUCAUAACCCCUUGAUCAAGAUGGCUUGGGAUGCAACGAAUCGAAGCAUCCGGGACAUGGAGGGUACCAUGUCCUCUGCAGCGUUGGAAGAUAAGUCUCGAAUGAUCUUUGAGCAAACAUCUUCACGACUAGUAUUUCCCCCUGAUCCGGCGGAUCUACCAAGCGAGUUAUCAAAACAGUCUCUGCGCUGGGACCUGUUGGGAAUCCAUUGUGCUCAAUUCGGGAUUUUUCUGGGCGGAGAAAAAGACAAACUCGGCAAUAUAAGCGCCCAUCAGCCGUGGAAGACAGACCGUCGGACUCUGAUGUGCAGAGCAUUUGAAGCUUGUCUUCAAUGCGAAUCAUUCUGUGACAGCGUUGGCGCAAUCAAUGACUUGACGCUAUGGUUCCGCUCACUUACAGUUCUCUUUGCCACUUGGUGCUUUGGAGACGAUUCAUACCACGUGGUACGUCUGUUGGGCAGCAUGUCUUCCGUCUUCUUCGCCCUAGGUUUCCACAAGGGAGCCAACGCAGAUUCCUCGACACCCUACUACAUGGUCGAAACUCGUAAACGAGCUAUCGCCUGGGCCCAUGACCAUGAUAAAGUCUGGGCUACCUUCACAUCACGACCUGCUCAUAUCAGCCGCCACUUCUGCACGUUGGAGCUGCCGCUUGAGCUCCCGGACUCUGUGAUCAUGGGACCGCGUGAUGUCUUUCUCCAAGCUCGGGAGCAGCUAGACACAGACGGAUGGAACAAAGACGGGAUCUUUUAUCCUGUGUCACGCCAACGUGUUCUACUCCUACUGUCUGUCCCUCGCGAAGAAGCUCUAGAGCUCAAGAUUGGACCCACUACACACGAUCUCGAAGCCAGGGCAGAGCGCACCUUGAAAGGUUUGCAGUGCACCUGGAGGUCAAUACCCUCCCACGUGAAGUAUACCGAUGUUCGCGAGACUACAAGCGACCUGCAACGGAUCAUGUGCUUGCGGUAUCUUUGGCUAGAGUAUCUUUUCACGCAAUUUGUGCUCUACACAAUCCUUGCAAAUUAUAGUCAAGACAAAAGAGAGCAGCUGAUGAUCAUCGCUCAUGAGAUAGUCAUCACUGUGCUCCUUCCUGCUCGAACAAGAGACGCACUGCACAGCUAUAGAGCUGAUAUGGAAUGGGCCCUGGUAUUCUACGGCAUGCCCUGCGCCAGUGUACUGGUGCUAGAAUUACUGCGCCAAAACCAACAAGUCACCAAUUCGUACAACAUCAACCGAAGCAAGGUCAUUCAAGAUAUCAGUGUCUUGAUCACGUGCUGUGAUUCCUGGACCGAACCAGGCCAGAGCAAUUAUCAAACGUGCCGCCAAGCCCAGGCCAUUUUCUCCAAAAGCCUUGACUCUAUACUGAACCGAAGCCAGUCUGUUCACAGAGUCCUCGCCGAGGAGUCGAAUACGCAUGAUGCAGUGGAGUAUCAUGAUUCUUCGGGAUUUACGAGCCUUGACUCGGGCCAGGAUGCCGAGUGGACGGCUUGGCUUGACUCCCUGGGCCUACAGGGGGAUCUAUGGCAGUUACCAAGUGUUUCUACGCCCGAGCUUUUUUCUUGA